UGACUGACAGGCAAUGUCUGUAUCUUAAAUUGGCUCUUUUACCUGCAAGGCGGACUUGGUUUUCAGGCGUUCAAAUUUGUCUCAUUUAUUUUAACAGAAGUGGACUGUCUCGGUUAAACUUUCUCUUCUGCAAGUCAAGAACAUGGUGCUGUAGAGAGUGCCAUGCAGGAAGGAGAGGAGAGGGAGUGAGGCGAUGGGCUGCACCUCAGCCAAGCAGUUCUCAUCUGUACCCAGUGAUGAGGAAGGCCGGGGAAAGGCCUUCUGCAAUGGAGAUGCCUUCUCUGAUGAGUACAAACUGAAAGGAGUUGAGAAGGUGAAGUACAUGCAUGGAGAAGAGGAGCGCAUGAACACACGCAACCAAGAGAACUUGGAAAAGAGCACAAUUUUGCACAAGGGCAGGCAUAAAGAUGCCACCGGAAAUAGUAAUAAGAUAAGCAUCCACUCUUCAGAGAGCCAGCAGGAGUUCUUUAGGAUGCUAGAUGAGAAGAUUGAAAAGGGACCGGACUACUGCUCGGAGUAUGAGGACAUGACAUAGCAUGCCAAGACAUUAACUUGGGCCAACAGCAUGUAAUCCUGCCCCAAUGUUCCUUAAGACUUCUUCCUAUGCCCCCUCACCCAGCAAAUGCUAAUUAU